AUGGCCAGACCCUGGGCUUUCCUGAUGGCUCUGGUGGUGAUGAGCUACUGGUCAACCUACUCUCUAGGGUGUAACCUGCCUCAGAAACAUCACCUCAGGAACAAGGACAUCUUGACAAUCCUGAAACAAAUGAGGAGACUCUCCCCUUUCUCCUGCUUGAAGGACAGAAAGGACUUUGCAUUCCCUCUGGAAAACGUGGAUGCCCAGCAGAUCCAGAAGGCUCAAGCCAUCCCUGUCCUGCAGGUGCUGAUCCAGAAGGUCUUCAUCCUAUUCAACUCAGAGAACUCAUCUGUUGCUUGGGAGACAACCCUCCUAAACACAUUCUGUGAAGACAUCAAUACACAGGUCAAGGAACUGCAGGCCUGUCUGAUGCAGCAGGUAGGGGUGCAGGAAACUCUCCUGAGGCAGAAAGACUCCCUGGAUGCUGUGAAAAAAUACUUCAACAGGAUCACUGCCUACCUGAUAGAGAAGAAACACAGUCCCUGUGCCUGGGAGGUGGUGAGAGCAGAAGUCUGGUCAGCCCUGUCUUCCUCAGCCAAGUUGCUGGCAAGAUUGAGUGAGAAGAAGGAGUGA